AUGCCUCACAAGACAGCAAACCAAUCGGUCCACAUAGUCCUCGGCACAGCAGGAUUUGGCUCAGCCAAAGACCCCCAAGCCAAAUUCAACGAUGCCACCAGCGCCACCCCUCUCCUCGAUCUCUUCCGCUCUCACGGCCACACAGAACUCGACACCGCCCGCGCCUACCCCGUCGAAGCGGGCGGAACUGCGGAGGAACUCCUCGGCCGUCUCGAGGUCGGCUCGUGGGCCACGAUCAACUCGAAGGUGAAGUCCUGGACCCCCCACGCGCACCGCAAGGAAGGCAUCGAGAAGAGCGUGGCGGAUUCGCUCGAGGCGUUGAACGUGGACAAAGUCCACAUCAUGUUCCUCCACGCGCCCGACCGGACGACGCCGUUCGAGGAGACUUGUCGGGCGAUGGAUGCCGCGCAUCGCGAGGGGAAGUUUGAGCGCUUUGGCCUCAGUAACUUCACGGCGGAGGAAGUUGACGAGGUGGUGGCCAUAUGCGGGAAAGAGGGGUUCGUGAAGCCAACGGCCUAUCAGGCCAAGUAUAGUAUCAUUGCGAGGGGUUCGGAGGAGGACUUGUUCCCUGUGCUACGGAAGCACGGGAUCAGCUUCCAUGCUUACAGUCCAUCUGCGGCGGGGUUUUUUUCUGGGAACGUCACCCGCGAAUCUGUCAACUCCUCUGGAUCACGUUGGGACUCGGGAACCCUCCUCGGCAAAAUCUAUCAGGGCGAUUACUUCAAGGACGAGAUCUUCGCUGCCGCUACACGGGUCAAAAAGUCGGCUGAAGCAGUCGGGCUCACAGGCCACGGUGUGGCUCUGCGAUGGACCCUGUAUCACUCACUGCUAAGAGCAGAGCAUGGGGAUGCGAUCAUUGUGGGAUGUUCCAGCCUCGCGCAGAUGGAGCAGAACCUUGAGUACAUCGAGCAAGGCCCGCUGCCGAAGAACCUGGUUGAGGAGAUGGGGCAGGUUUGGGACAGUGUAAAAGCCACGGCGCCGAGCUAUCAUAAGUAA